CCCUAUGCCCACAAGUAUGUGACAGAGCCUGUCAGACAGACGUCAUUCAAUUAAUUUGGUUAUUUUACAAUGUUUAUUUGCAAUAAUUGUCGACAUUCGCUUUUAAUGUUUAGUGGGACGUUGUUAAGUGAGCAGCAACAGUUUUAAUUUAGAACAAUAUUUUUGUUGACGUACUAAAAAAAAAUUCAAUUGUGGCAACCUGUUGAAUAAAAUUUAUAAUAUUUAAUAUUUAUGGAUCGCCAAACAACAGUCCAACAAUGGAUUAAUACUUUGCCAUCUAAUAACUCUACAGUUCCGACAAAUCCAUUAUACAGAACACAAAGCUCACAAAAAGCCAGAAAGUUGUUAUCAAGGGAUCUGUCGCUACAAUCAGACGAUGCCAGCAGUUAUUGUUCCAGUGUGGAGUCUGUAUUGGAACAAAGAAGGCCCGACCCUGAAGCCGUGCUAUUAGGUUUAGGGUUUGGGCCCCAGAAAAAUUCCACCAUUCUAUCUAGGAUACCACCCAGAUUUUUACAACCCUCAAAGCUCUUUUCUCAACAAGAAGUAAAUAAAUUUCUGGAGCAGUAUGAGACUUUACAAAUAACAAAAAGGGAGGUACCGCAGCGGUAUCAUAGUUUAAAUGAAAAAAGUGCACCAACUUGAUGUAACAAACAUUUUCAUAAAAAAAACAUAAUCAAAAACAAAUGGUGCUACAGAAAAUGCGAUUUUGUAUUUUGUUGUUUUUAGCUCACCUACUGAAUCACCAGCUCGGCCACAAUCAAAAACCUAACUACACUUUAGGGAUUCUUUAAGCAGCUUUAACACACUGUGAUUAAAUGUUUUAUUCCUGAAAAUUGGAUUAGUUUUUAAAGGGGAACCCACUUUGACGACCAAGAAAUACUAGUUUUUGGAAUUUUAAUCUGUGCUUAUUCAAUUUUUAAAAUUGUUUAAAUUAUUUUUAAUAUCUCAUAAAGUAAAAUAAAGGGAUUAUGAUAUUCAUAUAUGUAGAUAUUUUUUCAUGGGGCCAUAUCAAAUUUCAUAUCUUUCAAUUAUAGAAGGAUGAGCACUAUUAAAA